AUAGAAUCGAGAUAUCUUGGAUCCCUUCUAUUCACUCCCUACAGCUGCUAUUGCACAGACACCCAACAUGGACUCCCCCGGAAACGCCUUGUACCCUAACAGCCCCCCGAUGCGCCGGCCGCAUUUGUCCUUCCUGUACCGUCUGGAAUGCGACAUUGACCCCAAGGAAAUCGAUGUCGGCGCGCCGCAUGGCACCGGCGUGAUCCGAAGCAUCGCCAAUGUAGUAUCUGGGACAGUCAAGGGCCCGGAAAUCGAGGGCGAAGUCUUGCCCUUGGGAGGCGCAGAUUGGGCUACCGUUAUUGAAGGGACACACUCCAUGACCCUCGACGCCAGAUACACCGUCCGCACCAAAGACAACCACUACAUCUACAUCCGCGCGCAUGGCCUCUACCGACCCGGUCCUGGAACAGAAUAUGCCAAAAAGGUCGAGGCAGAUCCGACCUUUCGCCCACCGCCAACUGUGACUCAGGAUGAGGUUGAGUUCUUCUCGCAUCUGCGUCUUGAGGCUGGUCCCGGACCGUAUAACUGGUUGAACGGGCUGGUGUGUGUGGGAGUGAUGAGCUGCGAGGGGGAUCGGAUUCUCAUUGAUGCGUACCAUCUCACGAACUUCCCCGGGGUUAAGCCGGAGGAUGUGAUGGUGAGGCGGCUAUAGUUUCUCAUUCGGUACUAUUAUUUAGUAUUAUCGUGAUACAGCAUGUAAAUAGCUAUCAUUAUGAUCAUCUUCUUCAUACAACUCACGAAGUACCCCACUGUUAUCAUCCAGCCGAGGGGUUUCCUUUUCUGGUAUGUCGAC